CCGUCCCCGAACACCUGCCGUUGAUUAAAAGCAUUUGUUUUGAAAAUCUUAAAGGUGAAUUAUAAAUGAAAAUUGAAAUAAGAACAAGUAUAAUUAGUUAAAGGUGGAAUCAAUUAAUACUGUGAUCUUAAUCAGAUAGUUUUGUCAAAGAAACUACAGUUGUUUUUUCUAAUAAAUGGUUUACCAUGGAACCUGUGGACAACAACAUAUUCGAAGUAAAAGCUAAUUUGAAAAAUAAAAGAAAAAGAAUAGUACCAAGUUCCAACGUUUUCCUGAACCCUGCUUUAGAUCUGCUCGCUAACGAAGAUCCUAUGUGCAACAACGCAAUGGAAAUAACACCUGGAAAGCGACGUAAGAGAACUAAAAGCUGUGAUAUAGUUGCAUUUGAAAACACUGCUUUAGAUUUAGGUAUCAGUAAGGCAGCUGUUAAUGAAUUUUUAGUAAGGGAACUAGAAAAUGUUCGUAAAAAUGUCAGGACAUAUGAAAGUACAAUUAAAGUUAAUAAUGAAAAUCCCACACAGUGCAGUGAACCUUUAUAUGCCAAUUUGACUGAAAUAAAACAACAAACAGAUCCAAUAAAUAAAGUAAAUGUAUUAGAAAUACAAAAUAACACAGAUUUGAGUUUAAGUCCAGCCGAAUCUGAUUCAGGAAUAUCAAUUAUAGAACAAAGAUCAUUAAAUCCAGUUACAACAGAUCUAGAUGCAGACAUAUCCAACAAUGUAAAUAUACAAAGCAAUUUAACAAAACAAAUAUUUGUUAAUAAUAAUUUAAAUUUAAGCUUCAUUGAUCGUCUUGCAUUAAAUUCACCGUCAGAUCAAAACCAAUCAUUAUAUUUAGAUGAUGAUUUAAACGAAAGUAAUAUAAUGGAAAUCAAAACUAUAACAAUCGUCACAAAGAAGAAACGAAUACCAAAGAAAUGUACUAAUCCAUUUUUAGAUCCUAAUUUAAAAACAAACAUUGAAAUAAAUACAGAAAAUCCAUUCACAAAUGAUAUAUCAAUAUCUGAUAUUGAAUAUAACAUGGAAGCUAUAACCAGACCGCUAACAAAUACUGUUCCGGUAAGAAAUAUAGUACCACGUACGUUGUUCACUGGCGAUACUAACAGUACUAUAUCUUCAGUCAACGAAUCUAAUGUAAAUAUACAUAAUGAAUAUGAAAAUAUUGACAGUUAUAGAGCAGACAGUCCUAUUUAUGAAAAUAUAGAAGAAUCAAAUAGCGGUUAUAAUUAUAACAAACAAAGCAAAAUCCUAGGCCAUGAUGUAUCAAGAUUUAGUGCGGUAGACAUAUUGAAUCUUAAUAAGAACGAUGUUAACUUUUCAACAGAUUCAAAUGAUAGUAAGAAAGAUAUGAAAAAUAGAUUCAAAAUUAAUAAACUAUCGAAAAAAGUUAUGAAGACAUUAAAAAAAACAUUUAAAAGUGAAAAAGUUGAACAUAAUGUUACUUUAAAUCCUUAUGAAGUGCCACGUAAACAACCUAAACAAAAAACUCCGGUAAAAGAAUCUGGAAUAGAAAAUCCCGGAUUGAAUUUGGAUAAUUCUGAUGAAAUAGAAAUUGAGGAAUUAGAAGAUGAAAAUCAAUAUGAAACUAUAAAAACAAUAAGAAAUACAAAACUUAAUAUGAACGUAACUCCACUUAAAGAACGAAACAAUGAUAAUAAUGAAACAAACACAAAACCAAAUACACCAGGAAAGAAAGUUAGAUUCGAUUCAACGUUGAAUCAAGAGAAAAUAAUAACAGGUGACAGCUUCGAAGUACAAAGUCCAGGAUUGGACGCGAAAAUUGACAAUUAUCACGACGAAUUAGAGAAUUGCAUUAAUGAGAAAAAAUUUCUACAACAAAACAUGUGAUAAACAUAUUUCUCUCAGAAAUUAUCAUUGAAAAAACAGAGAUAGUUGUCUGUCUGUCUGUUUCUUGUUUAUGUCCCUCAUUGGAUUGGUCCAAUGUCAAGUGUUUAUGGUUCUGUUUAAACUUAUUAACAGAGAUAUGUUAAGAGUUUCGUCAAAAACAAUACAGACACAAAAGACGUCAAAUAUAUUCUAAAGGUACGCAUCCACUGGCCCGAACCGGACGCACCGAACGGAUUAAAUAGAUUUGUUUUGUCUUUUGUUACGAGCGACGUGGAUGAUGAACGCAGCGCUAUGUAAAAUUAUACAAAGCAAACAAAAAUCCGUUGCGCGCCGUGCGUGCGAUACGUCCGGCGCGGAAUAAUUGACGUUUACCUUUAGAAUGAAAAUUUCUAGAUAAGUAACAAAAGAUAUAAAAUCUUGAAAAUUAGUUUGGUUUUAUUCGAAAAGUAUCGAAUAAAAUCAAAUUGGUAACGCGUAUUUUAAUAUACGCUUUGAUAUCGAAAUCACGUUUAAAAUCCUCAGAGUAGUUUUUUCUAAUUGUCAAACGCAACCCAAAGCAUCAAUAUCCAAAUAACAUCUUUUACAAUGUUAGAAGAUAUAAUUUUAAUAAUAUUAUUUAUUU